AUUGUACAAUGUCUUGUAGUUCAGAUUGGGCACUGCUAUCGACGACAUGUGGAAUUGGCUCUUCUUGGCGAUACUCGUCGUGGCAAAUCCGACUGCAGUAGUCAGCUUGCAGUGUUCGGAAGAGUUUAUCCAGAAUGUUGUAUGUGAUGUGACGUGUCCAGCAGAGGGUGACGAAGCAGUGUUUCUUCCGGAUUCAACUGGACGGAAUUGUGCUAGAUACUACAUCUGCUCCGAUGGAACUCCUCAACCGGCUGAGUGCUCCAGUAUGCAGUACUUUGAUUUAGUGACAGGAACCUGCACGACUCCAGCUGAUGCUUUGUGUAGAGUUCAGGGCGUAACAUGCCCAGAAGACGAUGAACUAAUAGCCAACCCGGAAAGCUGUUCAAGCUUUUACAUGUGUGAGGCAGGGUUUCCACAUUUCAGGGAAUGUGCUGCAGAACAUUAUUUCUCCAAUGGGCUAUGUGUUCCAGGAGAUUGUGCUGGUUUAGUUACAGAUGAGACGGAAGGGACUACCGAAGAUGGAACUACCGAUGGCUCGUCAGCUAUUACUACGGAUUCACCAUCGGUGACUCCAGAAGCUACAACCGAUAGCCCGUCAACCAUUUCAACGGAGUUACCUUUCACAACUGCGGAGAUUACACCAGAACUCUCGACGGUACCUCCAUCAACGGUUCCCACACCAACCGACAGUCCGUCAACUAUAUCAACAGAGCCACCUCCCACUACUCCGGAGAUUACAACCGAAUUCUCAACUGUGACCGACAACCCAUCAACAGUUUCAACGGAGUCAUCCACAACUCCGGAGGUCACAACCGAACUCUCAACUGUGACCGACAAUCCGUCAACCGUUUCGACGGAAUCACCCACAACUCCGGAGAUUACAACCGAACUCUCCACUGUGACCGACAGUCCGUCAACCGUUUCUACGGAGUCAUCCAUAACUCCGGAGGUCACAACCGAAUUCUCAACUGUGACCGACAAUCCGUCAACCGUUUCGACGGAAUCACCCACAACUCCGGAGAUUACAACCGAACUCUCCACUGUGACCGACAGUCCGUCAACCGUUUCUACGGAGUCAUCCAUAACUCCGGAGGUCACGACCGAACUCUCAACUGUGACCGACAACCCAUCAACAGUUUCAACGGAGUCAUCCACGACUCCGGAGAUUACAACAGCUUCCGCGCCGACCGUGGAACCUUCCACUGUGACCAAUGAACCUAGCAGCACGGUAGAAUCUACCACGGCAACAGAUGCACCUCCAUCCACCGAUCCAGCGGUCGUUUGCCAGGGUGUAGACAUCGGAGUCCUGGCCCAUCCGUUCAACUGCUACCAGUACUUUGUGUGCAUUUUCAGCGCCGGCGCACUGUUCAGCUGUGCUCAGGGACAGAUUUUCGACCCGCGGUUGAUUUGUGUUGCCGGCAGUAGGGAAACUUGUGUUCCUACGAGACCGACCGCGUAACUUCUGUUAUGAGUCCAAUACCACUCAGUAGAUCUUCGAAUAAAUCGAGGAAAGUUCACAAGUUUUACAUAGAACUCAUAGUGGAUAGCAAUAAUUCCGUUUAUUUUACAAUUCUAUUAGAUAUUAAAAUAACAGUUAAUAGAUUAUAGGUAUAAAUAAACAGAAACAAAAUAAAGUUUUUGAAAUUUUGAA